CCGUCCCUUCCUGCGCCCGCCGGAAGCGGCCGCAGCGCUCGGGAUGGCGGCGGCGGCGGGCGGCGGCCGCGGGGCGGGCGGCAGCGGGGCGUAGCGCCGGGCUCGCCGCCAUGCCCAAGUACUACGAGGAUAAGGAGGAGGACGGGCGCGCCUGCGGCGGCGUGAGGGAGGACCUGCGGCAGUGCCUGCUGGAGAGCCCCUGCGUCCUGCAGGAAAACAAAAGCCCUAAACAGUGCUUGAAGGAAGGACACUGUAGGAGUUUGCAAGUGACAUUCUUUGCAUGCAAAAGAUCAAUGUUGGAUACCAGGGCAAGAUUCAGAGGAAGAAAGGGAUACUGAAGUCCUCAUCAAGAGACUUAGCCAUGGGAAUUUGGGUUCAUCAGCACUCAACACAAAACAGAGACUAAAGUAAGAAGAUGGUACCUGCUGCAUCCUUUCAUGCAGUGUUUUUGUGGAGGGUAUCUACUCCUGAGUAUUCCGACAGAUUGACCUGGAUGUGCAUUUAAAUGUUAAAAAGAAGGCAAGCAUAAAGCUGCAAGUUCUGGCCAAAAUCAGGACCUGUCAUAUAUUUGCAAUAAAAAUGUGAAAUCCAGAACAA